UAUCUGACAAGUUUACAUCAAUCAAAUGUCUGCAUCUUCGUCAUCUGUGGCCCCAGGGGGCUUGAGAAGCGCUGCUAAGAGAAAAACCACCGCCGAAAAGAAAGCCCAAGCUACCAACGCCAACCCAGUCUCAACUAGAUCCGCAGGUGCUGGUGGUUCAUCUGCUACUAUGUUGAAGUUGUUCACCGAUGAAGCUCAAGGUUUGAGGGUUGAUCCUUUGGUGGUGUUGUUCUUGGCGGUUGGGUUCAUCUUCUCUGUCAUCAUCUUGCAUGUUUUUGCCAAGAUCACCGGUAAGUUUACAUCUUAAAAUCGUUUAAUGGAAAAUGUAUAUUUCAACUUCACUAUUUACAUGUCUAUCAACAAUGCUUGGAGUACGGCAAUGAGCCCAUCUUUAUCUACAAGGUGUUUUUCCACGCCUCCGUGGGUCAGUACAUGCCAUUCAAAUGAUUUUGUGUGGUAAAGCUGUUUCCACGCGAGAUCUUCUCCAUAUCUUUUGCCUCUAAUCUCAAUCUCUAUAAGAGGAAACUUCUUGCCCAAAAUUAUCGACAAGGGGAUUCCGAUCAUGUUACUAUGGCUAAUUUUCCGGCCCAUAUUCACAUUUGUACGGUUAUCUUGUCGGUAAUCAACUUGGGCUUUAUUCAACAGAUCGUAUAUCUCACUGGGAUCUUCAGAAAGCGUAUUGGACUCCACCACUGUCACAUUCCAAGGACUAAUGAUGCGCGG